AUGGAUAGCAACGAAGCUCCAGCACAACGUCCCGUCACCCUGGACAUAACAGUGGAGGAUGUUGCGAAGGAAGACCCUGCUCCAGCUCUUCCAGAAGCAAUUCCUAGCCAGUCGCCCACCUCUGAUAACAUCCUCCUCCCGGAAGACAGCGUUGACCUAGGAGGAGAGGUUGUGAGUCCCCAGGAGGACAGCAGUGCCACACCCUCAGAGAGCCAGCUGGACAAACUGAAUGACCAGAUGAUGGAAAGUGUCAUGAUUUCUGACUCCGCUAAUAACAGUGAGGAAGAUGAUGUCGCUCCCAUUGAUUCCUUGACGGAGGGAGGAGAGGAUGAUACAGGAGAAGUGGAGGCCCCAAGCCUCGAAGAGGGAAAAUGUGAAAUUGGACAAAACUCAAGUGAGGUCAAAGAAUUGGUGGAAGAACAGGAGAUGGAAAGUUCUGGGCAAAAAGUGGAGGACACAAAUGUGUGUGGAGACAAAGUAGAACAGGUCACUUUCUCAGUUUCAGCUGCUGCCCAAGGUGAAACACCAGAUCCAUCGAGCCCUAAGAGUAAGGAACAAGUGCCACAGGCUGCCAAAGAGACUAGCCCUGAAAAUGAGCCUGUGCCAGUCUGCACCAUAUUCAGCCAGGGGAAUCAGCCCAAGUCCCUGGUGCCUGAUGGCUUCCAGCCUACGCUCAUCAAGUCUCCAAGUUUCAGCAUGGGAAGUGGUGGGGGGAGUGAUGAGGCAGCAACCCCAAGCAAGCUGACUCCCCCAUUGGUGUGCCAGCCCAGCCCCAGCCUUAGUAAAUUCUUCACUGACAAUGGGCAUGUUAAUCCAGCUUCGGACUUCUUUGAUUCCUUCACUACCUCCUCUUCCUUCAUCUCUGUCUCUAAUCCCAAUGCUGAGACCCCUUCUGCCCCCACCCCUGUGCCUGUAGCUCCCAACACUGAAUGCCAGGUCUCUUCCACCUCCUCUUCCCUGUCCACCCCUGGAGGACCCACAGACUCUGGUGCUCCCACACCUAGUUCCUUUUUUGCUCCUGGGCCCACUGAAGCCCCACCCAAGACCCAACCUCCACCAUCCCAAUCAACCUCAGCUCCAUUUCAGACUCAAGCACCUCAGACCACAGCUUCAGCUCCAGCCGCACCACUCCAGCCCUUCAAUCAGUUGCAAGCUGUCUUCUCAGGCAGUGAUGACCCUUUUGCUACGGCACUGAGCUUAAAUGAGGUGGACAGACGCCAUGACGCCUGGCUUCCAUCUGAGGAGACCAGGAAGGUUCUGAUCUCUGUGGCUACCCAGCAGUACAGUCCAGUCUACGUGGAGAGGGACAGGCUGACCAUGCCUGGCCUCAAGUUUGACAAUAUCCAGGGAGAUGCUGUAAAAGACUUGAUGGUGCGUUUCUUGGGUGAGCAGGCAGCUAUGAAGAGACAGGUCCUCACCGCCGACUCUGUGGAGCAGUCUUUUGUUGGCCUCAAGCAGCUCAUAAGCAGUAAGAACUGGCGAGCAGCAGUGGACCUGACAGGCCGGUUGCUGACAGCCCACGGCCAAGGAUAUGGCAAGAGCGGCCUGCCCACCUCCCAUACCACUGAUUCCCUGCAGCUGUGGUUCGUGCGGCUGGCCCUGCUGACCAAGCUGACAUUAUUCCCGAGCGCCGAGGCGGAGAUGGAACCCUUUGGCAACCUCGACCAACCAGAUCUCUACUAUGAAUACUACCCCAUUGCUUACCCUGGCAGGAGAGGCUCCAUGGUGCCAUUCUCCAUGCGGCUGCUGCACGCUGAGCUACCCCAGUACCUGUCCAAGCCCCAGGAGGCUCUGGACCGCCUGCACAACCUCAAGACCGUCUGCCAUGCUAUUUUAGCUAACUUGGAGCAGGGCUUGGCUGAGGAUGGCAGUAUGAUCACGCUAACACAGGAGAACAGAGAAGCCUCUCUCACACUGUGGCGGUCUCGUCUCAGCCGGGUCAUGUACUCCAUGGCUAACUGUCUACUGCUUAUGAAGGACUACAUCUUAGCCGUAGAGACCUAUCACUCCAUCACCCAAUAUGAGCCCCAGCAGAGCGUGCAGCUGCUCAGCGGUAUAGGACGCAUCUUUCUGCAGAUUGGAGACAUUAAAACAGCAGAGCGGUACUUCCAAGACGUGGAGAAAAUCUGCCAGGCGAAGGGGAACCAGCCCAGUCACACUGCACACGUGUGGAUGAACAGAGCAUUUGUCUACCUCAGUCAAAACAACUACGCAGAAGCACAUGGGUCCUUCUCUGAAGUGUUGAAAAUUGAUCCGAAAAACCCAGUGGCAAACAACAACGCAGCCGUGUGCCUGCUCUACCUGGGCCGGCUGAAGGAGUCCCUGGGCCAGCUGGAGGGCCUAGUACAGCAGGACCCCGCACUCUACCUCCAUGAGAGCGUCCUCUUCAACCUAACCACUAUGUAUGAGCUGGAGUCAUCUCGCAGUACCCAGAAGAAACAGGCCCUGCUGGAGGCUGUUGCCUGCCGAGAGGGGGACAGCUUCAACACUCAGUGUCUCAAACUCGUCUAG